UAUCAGGCUGUGAAUGAGUUUGACACCAUGACUGCUGAGGACUCCACUGCAAGGAUGAGCAAUGAUUCCACCAAUGUGGCUACUACAAAAGUCCCAGAAGGUGUUGCCGGUGCACCCAACGAGGCAGCUCUGCUGGCCCUCAUGGCCCGCACCGGAUAUAGCAUGAUCCAGGAGAAUGGGCAACGCAAGUACGGUGGUCCUCCUCCUGGCUGGGAGGGGCUGCACCCUCCUCGUGGCUGCGAAGUCUUUGUGGGCAAAAUCCCCCGUGAUGUCUACGAAGACGAGCUCGUCCCCGUGUUCGAGUCUGUCGGCCGCAUCUACGAAAUGCGCUUGAUGAUGGACUUUGACGGAAAGAAUCGUGGCUACGCCUUCGUGAUGUACACACAGAAGCACGAGGCAAAACGCGCCGUCAGGGAGCUGAACAACUACGAAAUCCGCCCCGGCAGGCUGCUGGGGGUGUGCUGCAGUGUGGACAACUGCCGGCUCUUCAUCGGAGGCAUUCCCAAGAUGAAGAAGAGAGAGGAGAUCCUGGAAGAGAUCGCCAAGGUGACGGAAGGUGUGCUGGACGUCAUCGUGUACGCCAGCGCCGCGGACAAGAUGAAGAACAGAGGCUUCGCCUUCGUGGAGUACGAGAGCCAUCGAGCAGCAGCAAUGGCCAGGAGGAAGCUCAUGCCAGGAAGGAUCCAGCUGUGGGGACAUCAAAUUGCUGUUGACUGGGCAGAACCAGAGAUAGAUGUGGAUGAAGAUGUCAUGGAGACUGUUAAAAUCCUCUAUGUGAGGAAUUUAAUGAUUGAGACCACAGAGGACACCAUUAAAAAGGUCUUUGGUCAGUUUAACCCUGGCUGUGUAGAGAGAGUGAAAAAAAUACGUGAUUACGCCUUCGUGCACUUUACAACCAGGGAAGAUGCCAUUCAUGCCAUGAACAACCUGAAUGGUGUUGAACUGGAAGGCUCAUGCCUGGAGGUUACCUUGGCCAAGCCAGUAGACAAGGAGCAAUACACUCGCUACCAGAAAGCAGCAAAAGGAGGAGCUGUAGCAACGUCUGAAGUAACUCAGCAACCUAAUUAUGUUUACUCUUGCGAUCCAUACACACUAGCAUAUUAUGGAUAUCCAUACAAUGCCUUGAUUGGGCCCAACAGAGAUUACUUUGUGAAAGCAGGCAGCAUACGAGGCAGAGGGAGAGGUGCAGCUGGGAACAGAGCCCCAGGCCCCAGGGGCUCCUACCUGGGGGGAUACUCCGCUGGCCGUGGCAUCUACAGCAGGUACCAUGAAGGCAAAGGAAAACAGCAAGAGAAAGGAUACGAGCUGGUUCCCAACUUGGAGUUACCUGCAGUCAAUCCUGUGGCCAUUAAGCCCAGUGCAGUGGCCAUCCCUGCCAUCAGUGCCCAGUACUCCAUGUUUCAGGCUGCACCACCAGCCAAGAUGAUGGAAGAUGGCAAAAUUCACACUGUUGAGCACAUCAUCAACCCAAUAGCUGUCCAGCAGGACCCAGCGAGUGCGGCGGCUGCUGCAGCAGCUGCGGCCGCGGCUGUAAUACCAGCUGUCUCAACACCUCCUCCCUUCCAGGGCCGUCCCAUCACACCGGUGUACACCAUGGCUCCCAACGUGCAGAGGAUUCCUGCCGCCGGGAUUUACGGGACAAGUUAUGUGCCAUUUGCAGCUCCUGCUGCGGCCACAGCGACAAUAGCCACGCUACAGAAGAACGCCGCC